AUGUCUGCAAUAAUAAAUAGUGUUAUGGAGACCUAUACUUAUUUAAUUCAUGACUUAGCUGAUCCCAGAACGAAGGAUUGGUGGGGAGUAUCAAAUCCUUUAGUGAUAUUUUCUAUUACGUCCGCAUAUCUAUAUUUCUGCAAAUAUCUUGGUCCAAGAUUAAUGAAACACAGGAAACCAUUCGAACUGAAAACUGUUUUGUUACUUUAUAAUUUAUUUCAAGUAUUCUUCAGUAUAUUCUUAACUUACGAGGGUAUGGUUUACAUAUUCGACAAAAGAUAUAACUAUGCGUGUGAACCAAUUGAUUACUCAAAUGAUCCUCGAGCAAUAAGGAUAGCAGGGGGCGCAUGGUUUUAUUAUAUAGCCAAAAUAUCUGAGCUUCUGGACACGGUAUUUUUUGUUCUAAGAAAGAAACUCAAUCAAGUGUCAUUUCUUCAUGUAUAUCAUCACACGCUAAUGGUCCUCGUGAUUUGGUUUGGAGUUAAAUAUUAUGCAGGUGGACACAUUGCUGUUAUGGGCACCCUUAAUUCUUUCGUUCAUGUGAUCAUGUACACUUAUUACUUGAUUUCUAGUUUGGGACCAGAAUAUCAAAAGUAUGUGUGGUGGAAAAAGCACGUUACAGUUAUUCAAUUGGUGCAAUUUGGCAUCGUUUUUGUCCACAAUUUUGCCGUUUUCUUCUACAAAUGUGACUACCCAAGGAUUCUCAACGUUGCCUGUAGCUUAAACGCUGUCGCCUUUUUAUAUAUGUUCGGAAAAUUUUACAUACAAAGCUACAAGCGAAGUUCUAAGAGCAAGAUAGGGUUGGAAACCCAGAAGGAGCCCUUGCUCAAAACUCAAAUCAACAAAUAUGAGGGUAAAAGAAAAACUGCAGAAAAAUCUCGAUGA